AUGACGUCGCUUCAGUGUGCAGACUUGGAGGUUAAUCUGGCAGCCCUUCGAAUUGCCGUAUUUUUCGUUUCUUCAACAGUACAAAUUCAAGUGGAGGAAAAAGAAGAUGACACCGAGGAAAGCUCAAGCGAAGAGGAAGAGGAGGAGGAAGAUAAAUUACCUCGAAGAGAGAGCUUGAGACCAAAGAGGAAACGAAAAAGAGAUGUUAUCCAUGAGGAUGACCCAGAACCUGAACCAGAGGAUGAAGAAACAAGGAAGGCCAGAGAGAAGGAGAGAAGGAGGAGGCUGAAGAGGGGGGCGGAAGAAGAAGAAGAAAUUGAUGAGGAGGAAUUGGAAAGACUGAAGGCAGAGUUAGAUGAGAAAAGACAAAUGAUUGCUACUGUCAAAUGCAAGCCUUGGAAAAUGGAGAAGAAAAUUGAAGUUCUCAAGGAAGCAAAAAAAUUUGUGAGUGAAAAUGAAGGAGCCCUUGGGAAAGGAAAAGGAAAGCGGUGGUUUGCAUUUAAGAUGAUGAUGGCUAAGAAAUGGGCGAAAUUUCUUCGUGAUUUUGAAAACUUCAAAGCUGCUUGUGUCCCGUGGGAAAACAAAAUCAAAGCAAUUGAAAGUCAGUUUGGCUCAUCAGUGGCCUCAUACUUCCUCUUCUUGAGAUGGAUGUAUGGAGUAAAUAUGGUUCUCUUUAUCUUGACAUUCAGCCUCAUCAUGUUGCCAGAGUACCUCUGGGGUUUGCCAUAUGGCAGUUUACCUAGGAAAACAGUUCCCAGAGCUGAAGAGGCAUCUGCGGCAAACUUCGGUGUGUUGUACGACUUCAACGGCUUGGCGCAAUAUUCCGUCCUCUUUUAUGGCUAUUAUGACAAUAAACGAACAAUUGGAUGGAUGAAUUUCAGGCUGCCGCUCUCCUAUUUUCUGGUGGGGAUCAUGAGCAUUGGAUACAGCUUUCUGGUUGUCCUUAAAGCGAUGACCAAAAAUAUCGGGGACGAUGGGGGUGGUGAUGACAACACCUUCAACUUCAGCUGGAAGGUAUUCACCAGCUGGGACUACCUGAUUGGCAAUCCAGAAACAGCAGACAACAAAUUCAAUUCCAUCACCAUGAACUUUAAGGAAGCUAUCAUAGAGGAGAGAGCAGCCCAAGUAGAAGAAAACGUCCACUUGAUCAGAUUCCUGAGGUUUCUUGCUAACUUCUUCGUGUUUCUAACACUUGGAGGGAGUGGAUACCUCAUCUUUUGGGCUGUGAAGCGAUCCCAGGAAUUUGCACAGCAAGAUCCUGACACCCUUGGGUGGUGGGAAAAGAAUGAAAUGAACAUGGUCAUGUCCCUCCUGGGGAUGUUCUGUCCAACCCUGUUUGACUUAUUUGCUGAACUGGAAGACUACCACCCUCUAAUUGCUCUGAAAUGGCUACUGGGACGCAUUUUUGCUCUACUCUUAGGCAACUUGUACGUAUUUAUUCUUGCGUUGAUGGAUGAGAUUAACAACAAGAUUGAAGAAGAGAAGCUGGUAAAGGCCAAUAUUACCCUCUGGGAAGCCAACAUGAUCAAGGCCUAUAAUGCAUCACUCUCUGGAAAUAGCACUGGACCACCUUUUUUCGUGCACCCUGCAGAUGUACCUCGAGGACCCUGCUGGGAAACAAUGGUGGGACAGGAAUUUGUGCGGCUGACCGUUUCUGAUGUUCUGACCACUUAUGUCACAAUCCUCGUUGGGGACUUUCUCAGGGCAUGUUUUGUGAGGUUUUGCAAUUACUGUUGGUGCUGGGAUUUGGAAUAUGGAUAUCCUUCAUACACUGAAUUUGACAUCAGCGGCAAUGUCCUCGCUCUGAUCUUCAACCAAGGCAUGAUCUGGAUGGGCUCCUUCUUCGCCCCCAGCCUCCCAGGCAUCAAUAUCCUUCGACUCCACACAUCCAUGUACUUCCAGUGCUGGGCCGUGAUGUGUUGCAACGUUCCCGAGGCCAGGGUCUUCAAAGCUUCCAGAUCGAAUAAUUUCUACCUGGGCAUGCUAUUGCUCAUUCUCUUCCUGUCCACCAUGCCUGUCCUGUACAUGAUCGUAUCCCUCCCGCCAUCUUUUGAUUGUGGCCCCUUCAGUGGCAAAAAUAGGAUGUUCGAAGUCAUUGGAGAAACACUGGAGCAUGAUUUCCCAAGCUGGAUGGCAAAGAUCUUGAGACAGCUCUCUAACCCCGGACUGGUUAUUGCUGUCGUUUUGGUUAUGGCUUUGACCAUCUAUUAUCUCAAUGCUACUGCCAAGGGCCAGAAGGCAGCAAAUCUGGAUCUAAAGAAGAAGAUGAAACAGCAAGCUUUGGAGAACAAAAUGCGCAACAAGAAAAUGGCAGCUGCCCGAGCAGCUGCAGCUGCUGGUGGCCAGUAG